AUGGAAAUUGGUAACGAAAUCAGCCAGAAGAUAAGGGUAAGUGUGCUCAACGAAUUAAGACUUAAGGUCAUUGGAAUUUUGGAUUAUUUUGACUUCAAAUAAGUUUUACUUCUUCACUAUGGUCUGUUGGCAUUUAAUUGUGUGCUAGAAAUGUGUCACUUGUCAAAUAAAACAGAAAAAUCCUCAGCUGUUUGUCUUAAGCGCUUCUCAUAACAACAAAUGUCAAAGGAAAUGACUGUUUUCUGUUGUGAAUCAAGUGCAUCGAUAAAUUUGUCGGUACUUGUUUGAAAAAAAGCGACUAAAUUUAAUUGACUUUCUGACCUGCGGAUGACAGACUGACUUUGAUUUUACUUAAUAAUUUUUACUUCAUAUUUUUAGAAUUAAUCAACAGUAUAAAUACACAAUGACUUGUCUUUUACUGGAUGUUUGACAGAACAUAAGAACAUAUCACAAUGACGUGGUCAUUUUAGAAACACAAGGUUUCUUAUCAACCUGACUCCUUGUCGUUGUCUCAUGUCGUAAACAACUGGUUUUCGUUCACAACUUGUUACAUAUAAAUUUGCUGAGGGCAAGUUCACUACUAGCCUGAAUUCCAACCCUUUCUGUGGGACACAAACUGUGUCUCUCUGAGGAGUUUGCGACUCGGGGAUACAGCUUAAAUUCAAGUUACCUUGACUACGUUUUUUCAACACUUUCACUCCAGUUUGGACAAGAGUGCUGAGACUGAUAACUGAUGAAAACUAUUAAUUUGAAGUAAUUUUGUAGUAUAAAAUCUGAUGUUUUUGUCCAUUGUUAUUCAAGGUUCAAUCAGUUAACAUAGUCAUUGUGACAAAAUUACCCCAUUUUUUUGUAACCAGAAAGCAGUAAAUUGUAUUUCUGUUUGAAAGUGAAAUUAGUCAGGCCCUAGUUGUUGAAACACUGGAUAGCACACUUCAGUGGAUAAGUAUGAGAAAAACCAAUUAUUGCAUUAUCCAUUGGAUAGCAUUAUUAACUCUUCAAACAACUGUACCCAGGUCUUGAAUACCAAGAACACAUGUAAAGUAACAACUUUUUUUUGAAUCAACAGGGUGCUAUCAAGACAAAGCUAAGAGAGCUAGGAUCAUACGUUGGUAAGCAGUUCUUAUAAUGGAAAAGAAGGCCCAGUUAAGUUGGGUGAUUGGCAGUUAGAUGUAUUGGGUAAUUUGUAUCAUACGUUGAAUCCUAUAGAUCAUAUUACAGCCUUUUUUGUUUAGUCAACUGCUGUAAUCGUGUAUUAAAAACUGAACUUUUGAGACAUUCAAGCAAUGGUUUUCUUACGAUCAUACGUGAUCUUGCACGGUGGUUGCUUUCAGGAAACAGAAAACAAAAAAAAUUAUGUAAAAUUUUUGGUUUAAAAAGUGGUUGUGGUUGUUGAAGAAAUUUCAAAAUUGGUCACAAUAGGAGUCGACUGUAUGUCUUUUAUUGAUGUAAGAGCCAUUAACUAACCAGCAUACUUUUUAGUCAUAGUAUAACCUCUCAAUAUCUUGUGUCAUCAUCAUCUGCAAUCAGUCAAUGGGUGUAAGAAUGUUUUAGGGUUUCGGAUAAGUUUCCUCCGUGGCUCUCUGUAUCUGUAUGUUUACUGGACUUAUAAAAAAAUCCUCUAAGGGUUUUCUUUGACUACUGCUGUUUCAUUCACUGUCCCUUAUGGCCUACUGACUGGACUAUAUUAUUUUAAUAAAAGAUGAUGAACUUCCUGACUAUAUCAUGGUUAUGCUGGCCAACAAAAGAAGCAAAGAACAGAUGACAGAGGACUUGGUUUUAUUUCUGGGUACAAAUACAUCAUUAUUCACUGAAUGGUGAGUAAAUUCUCUGGCAACUGUUUUAUUUACAAGAAUGGCCAUGAUGUAAUUGGAGAGACUAAAUUUAUUUUUGACAAAAGAGAGAAACAUAAGUUCUAGUAGUAGUAUAGUACAUAUGUACAAAGUGUGUGAUCUGAGAAACAUGUAUGUCUCUUGCAAUAUGUGCUUUUUAAAAUUUAAUUCGGUCAGAUUUGCCUCCAAUACCUUUUAGAACUGCCAGUUAAAGCACUGAUAUUGUGAUGAAGAUUUUCCAGUUUCAUGUUUUUGUUUUUUUUGAAAGCAGCAGUAUUGUUGUUUUGAUAGAUAAAAGAGUAAAUAAAUAAUAUAAUGUUGCUCAAAUUUAUUUUGACCUUUAGGCUUGUAAAUAUUAUACAGAAGCUUCAAGAUGUCACAAGUUUACAAGGUAACCAAAUUCAGUACUUAUGAAACCAUGUCAAUAGUACAAAUCGGCCACUCUUCUACUAUGCAGCUUCUCUAACAAAAAGUGUGACAUAAUAUUUGACUAAACGGUGACUGGUUCAUUGAAAUAAAAUAUUGUUUUGUGAUAACUUGUGAAGCAAUUUUGCCAGUUCACUGUGUCCGUGUACCAAGGAACUUUACUCCUUGUGGAACAUACAUCAACAGCUCUACUUUUUUCAGUUUUUUAAUUUUGUAGGUUCUUGUACAAACUAUUCAAGCUGUGUCAUUCCUGAAAAUGAUUAUAAUUAUUCUAUUUCAUUUUAGAAAAUACAGAAGAGUCAAAUUUAUUGGGCGAAGGAAACAUUUCUCAAACAGUAAAAACAGAUUUAGUCAAAGGCAAGGAAAGGAAAGAUGCUCCAUUAAAACUAUCUCCAAAAGAGAGAAGACGAAGCCCUAACAGAACUGAUGCAAGGGAACAUUUAAAAAGCAAGCAUGAAAAAGUAGAAAGUAUGUACUUACAUGUAUUUACAUGUAAUUGACUUGUUACCCAAAAACAUCAAUUUUCUUGUCACUGCAAGAUAUUAUCUUCCAACAGUAAAAAGUGGAAAUUGAACCUGUGAUUGUUAAAAAGGAUGCCUAUGAUUGAAUCACCAUUGGACAAUUACUUGUUUGUAAUUUUCUUUUUAAAUACAGUCAAUUCUGUCUCUCUAAGGCAGACACCUUCAGGAUGGUCACUAACCUUUAAGUCCCAAUAUCAAAAAACAAUUCUCCAAACUGAUCUCCAUAAAAUUCCUAAAAAAUCAGUUGAGAGAAUUCGUAAAAAAUCAAAGCAUUUUCCUUUUGGUGAUCAUUUCAUGAAUUCUCAUAACCUUUUCUCUUGAUUCUGUAUAUAUUUUAUUAGGAGAAAAUUAGUGGUGGUCACUAUUGGGGCUUAAAGGGUUAAGUGAGUAAAAUCUACAAUACAGUGAGUGAAGAGAGGCACUGGCCAUUUCUAGGUGUCUGUUAAGUGACAGUUGACUGUGACAUUAGUUUUUGAUCCCUGUGAUUUUGUGUGUUUGUCAUUUUCGUAUUUACAUGAAUGGAUCUGUUUUGUCUCCCAGAGCCAAAAAUGGGCAGUAAUGUUGUAAAAACUGUUGGCUUGUCAUCAAGAGGCUCAACAAGAAAGCGAAAGCACUCAUCCUCUGAUGACAAGAAUUCUAGAACAUCCAAUCUUCCCAGUGUUGUGAAAGUCAAAGAAAGAAAGUAAGUUUCCCAUCCCACAUAUUUAUUGUUGACUCAUUCCAAGCAUUUCUGAGGUAUAAGAUUUCUAGUUUGACUAACAGCAAAAAGAUUUGAGGUCAAUAAAAACUUACUUCUCACCACUGUAAUAUUAUUAUUAAGUUAGUGUAACAGUUAACCCCUUAAGCCCCAAUAUCCAUAAACAAAUUCUCCAGGCUAAUCUAUGUACAUUCAUUUCCCUAAAGAAUUAGUGGAGACAAUAUGAUGAAAAAUCUUAGCUUUGUCAAUAUUCCUAGGGAAUAACUUAAUUAGCCCCAGGACCCCACGCUAUUUCACCGGCUGGGUGUUAACUGACAUUUUGUAAUCUGAUCAUUUGUCUUGCUCAGUCCUUCGAUUUGCUGUUUUCAUUCCCUCCCUCCCACCCUGGGGGCUUCUCGAGUCCUUGGGGUCUCGGUUCCUUCAUUAAAGAUGCCCGAACAGAUUCACUGGUUUGUUGUUUGCUGAGGUGCACGGGGGACAUGAGGGAUAAUUUUCCUUUGGUAAUCAUAGUUUUAUUAAUUCUUGCAACCUUUUCUUUUGAUGAUGGAUUAAUUUUGUCAAGAGAAAAUUGAUGUUGGUCACUCUAAAGACUUAAAGGGUUAAUGAAGGAAAGGAUGCAUAAGACAUACAUCUGCAGGCUCCCAAAUUAGACAUUGUGGAAUUACCUUGAAUGUUUUUAAUAUGUCUAGCACUUUACCCAGUGUUUCAUUCAAUGUCCAGACAUCUUGAAGUUUGUCUGAAGAAAAGGCUGCUGUUCCUUGUUUUUUCAACCCACUUCUUAGCGUCUGGAUAUUUGAUGAAACCUUUUGUCAAGUGAUUGAUAUACCCCAUGUUUGCAAAUUGCUUUCAGUGUUUGCAAAAUUUUGUGUUUCGACAUUAAUAUUAGUAUCAGAAAUCGAUGUGACAGUAAUGAUUUCAUUUGAUUUCUCUUCAUGGAAUAUUUAUGAGUUUAAUUAUGUUUUCUCUUUGCAGACCAACACUUCCACCUGCAAAGCAGGCUUCAGGCAAUCUCCUCAUGAAAGCCGUUGCAGCUGCACACCACUCUGUUAAAAAACCGGCACUCUCAUCCAGUCUGAAAUACGACCCUACUUCUCCCCCAUCACCAAUCAGAUCUCACAGCUAUGAGGAGAAGCAGCAACAAAAAGAGCUAUUGUUACAGCAACAUAGAGAGCUACAAAAGCAGUUCUUACAAAUGAAGCAAGUAGACGAGAGUGUAGAAGAUGAAGAAAAUGUUGAAGAAGAAAGCAGCAGAGAAGUAGAAGAGGAAUCUACGGCAGUGGAAGAGGAAGGCCAGGAUUAUAAUGAAGGAAAUGAGGAGCAAGUGGCAGAGGAAGAACAUAAACAAGUGGAAACUACACAGGAACCAGAGGCAAGUUUAUUCUUAUUGCUUACAGCAAACUCUGUAGACACACAGGAGCAAGUUUCCGUUUUGGAAAACUAACUGCCUGAUAGAGAUUGCUGUUCUGAAAAAUGUCAGAUUGGGACCAAAUUGUAGGUGACUGUUUUAGGGAGCUAUUUAUCUCACAGAGAGUCUAUUAAGAGAGAUGAUAGUUCGUUACUUUAUGACUGUGAGGCAGUGGUUUCAGGAAAGUUUGAGAUGUUUACCACUGUUCCACCACUGUUCCACAACCCAUUAACUAUUUUAUGGCCCAAUAUCCACAUGUGAAUUUUCUUUACUGAUUUCCAGGAAUUAAGAAUGAGUUGAGAGAACUUGAUAAACGAUCAAAACAUUCUCCCUUUGAUGAUCAUUUUAAAAAUUCUCUUAACCUUUUCUUCUGAUUAUGCAAUGAUAAGGUUAGGAGAAAGACAAUGUUGUUCACUCUAGACUGAGACAAAAAAGGGUCACAUUUUUGUACCUUUGCAGGAUGCAUAACAUAUACCAAAAUCUGAAAAGCUGGAAAUAUUUCAUUUCCCACUUUUUGCAGCGACUUGAAAUUCUUAAAAAUGCACAGUAACUGCAUGUGUGAAAAUCAGUGAGAGAUUAUCUGGAGUUAAAUUUUCCUGGUCUUGGUUUUAGGAGCCAGUUAUUGAGCUUCAUGUCUCAGAGACAGACACACUGGACUACAGUGCAGAGCCUGUCCAAGGUGAUACAAGAAUUGUUGCAUUUGCGGACAGCCAGGCUGGAGGGGAAGAUUCUGAAGAAGAGAGACGAAAAAGAAGGAAAAAACGACGAGCUGUCAAGUCCAAAAAGUAUAUACUUGACUCCUUUAACAGGGUUCUCAAUAAGCUUUAAAGUAGACCACUAUGAUGUAAAUGUGGGUGGCUUGGUAACUGCAUGUUGUAGGCAAUUUCAGGCUUUCAUUCUGUCACUUUACCCUACAUGUAUUUCCUCAAAAAGUAGACGGCUCAAACCUCCAAGUAGCCGGUUUUCUUAGCCAGCUGCCAACACUUAAUGAGAACCCUGGCUUUUUAACAUGUUCACAGUUGACUCAUUAGCUAUGUCAACAAUGCAAAUUGACCAAUAACUCUGAGUUUCCUUGUAGAGACUGGGCAACAAUGUUUUAAAGGAAUAAAAUUUCUAACCAGUGUUAACUGUUUUUGCAUUUUUAAAAGAAAAUUAUGGUCAGAUGUAAUUCUGUCUUAAGAGUUUGUAGAGGAAAUGUUGUGGUCAUUCAAAAGAAACCCUUGCAGCAGUACUUUGCAUGUUGCAAGGUUUUUAUUUUUGAGAUUUUACAUAAAAAGGUGUUGAUCUUUUGUUGAAGUUUAACUUAGUGUGAAUACAGUAUUAAAAUUUUGCUUGUUUUUUCAUAGGGAAAAACCAUCAAGUCCUAAGUUUAUUGUAACACUAGAUGGUGCCAACAGCGACUUGGAAGACAAAUAUGAUGACCAGGUGAAAAAGGAAAAGCAAAAGAAGAAGAGAUCAAAAAAGAAGACUGAAGUUGAUGAUUUUGAGGAGAUAGACACAUCUGAUGUGACAGAACAAGUUACAUCACAGGCAGAGACAACUGUCCCCGAAAAACCAUUUAUAAAACAGAUUACUUUUGAUAUUGAUGCUGGAGAUGAUGGUAAGUCAAAAUAAAUAAGAGGGUUUAUUAUGGACCUAAUUCUUUCACUCCUUUGGGCAUCAAAAUCAAGAGAAAAAUAAAAGCAAAAAAAUCAAAAGUUCUCAUUGUAAAUUUAAAGGAAAAACAGAAACAAAAUGGCACUGUACAAACGUACUGCAUUUCCCCUCCUUUAGAAUUUAUUCCCUCCAACCUCAGUCACUAGAGCUUGAUGUAUGUAACCUGUCGUCAGAAAUGAUUAGUAGAUUGGCCUUUCACAAGAGCGUGAUUGCAAUAAUUUAUUUUUUCUAUUUUUUAAGAUGAGGGUGAUGAGGAUACUACUUUAAACAAAAACAAACAAGCAGAGAAGUGCAAGUUUUGGCCAGAGUGCAAAAAUGGAGAGAGCUGUCCUUUUUAUCAUCCAACAGUAACAUGCAGGUGAUUUCUAAACAGAUUUCAGUGUUCUAGCUGCAGUUAGAAGAAAAAUACAGUGGUUUGUAGGUGACUGUAGCAUCAAAGAAGAAAGAGAUACUAUUGUCCAUCUUUUUGCCUGUGACUUGUUUUCUUAUCUCUGUCUUUUUAAUUAUUAGAGUAGCUAUUGCUAAGGAUCAAACUCAUGACAAUCAGAGGAAAGCUACAGACUGUAAAUGUUUUGACAGAUCUGAUUAAAUUAUUUAGAUAGUCAUGUCAGUGUGCAGUGGUAGAUCUGUCUAGAGUGAAGUCAAAUGAAUUAUUUUUUUCAGAUUUUUUAGUGAUCUGACAAUAGAACAUUGUUGAGACAAGGUUCUUCCAUGUAAAGUGAAGAUUCCGUGGCGUCAUUUUUUGGUUUAGUUUGCCUUCUUCUGCACUCUGUUCACUCACUAGAGUUCAAAUAAAGGUUACAUAAUUAUUUUUUGUCUCUUUUUUUUUUCAGAUCAUUUCCCAACUGUAGAUUUGGGGACAGCUGUAGAUUUAUUCAUCCACCAUGUAAAUUUAAUGGAAGGUAAAGGAUCUUUCCCCAUUUGAGGGAACCUAACCUGUUAAAUUAUCAGUCCUCAUUUAUUUAUUUGGCAAAGAAGACUUCAGUAAAAGCUGUAUCAUUUACCUCAUAGUUUUAUGGGUUAUAUUAAAUAUUACUCCACUGAUAAAAUGUUGGCUGAGGUAAGGAAGUAUCUAGUCAACAACUAGCAUUAAAUAAGUUUUAACUGUAAUGUUAUUGGAUGAGUCUGAGUAUAAUAGGAGUGUUAGCUGCCUGUUAUCAACCUUGGGUUUCAUCCAUGGUAGAAAAGACCUCCAAGACCUUCAUAAUUCAUAAUAAUUAUCUUUGUUUAUUUAUCCACCAAAAGCAAACUACAUAUGUACUAUUCAUCUUGCUCUUGUAUACAUAUUAUUAAGUUUUGUAUUUUCAUUUUUUUCUGUAUAUCUUGCAUUUAUAGGUGUACUAAUUCAGUUUGUCCAUAUACACACAAGUUAAAAAGUAAACAACAGACAUCUCCUAUACCAGCUCCUGUCACAGGUAUUUGAAUGAAAGUUGAAGACUUUUACUUUUCUUAAUUUUUCUUAACAAUAAUAGUUCAGAAUGGGAUGUGUAGUUAAUGUGGAGCAAUGUUACGUAAAACUAUGAUAAUUAUGAUUUGUGCAAACUACCUGCAGCAAAAGACAUCUUGUUUCAGCAAGAUGUUACAAUGAUCAUUUUCCCAGUAAGGAGUCUCAUAACAUACAGCCAUAAAGUCUGAUUCUGAUUCCGUUAUAGUGAUGACUAAUCAAGGUCAUGUCUUUUACAAACAAAGCAGUCAUUGAUUUAUUUCAUAAUGUUGUUCUUAAUGUUGUUGAUGAAAAUCAAAAUGUUUUAUUCCUUUACUCUCCUUCAAUCCCACUAGGUUUCAUGUUUCCAUCACCAAGUGUUCUUGUGCCACCAUCACCCAGUACCCAGCCCAUUCCUUGCAAGUUCUAUCCAUCCUGUACAAAAGCUGACUGUCCUUUUUAUCAUCCACAACCCAAGGUACAGUAGUAAUUACUAUAGAUUUACCAGUGAUUGGUAAAUCUACUAUCAGUACAUGUAAUCAAAUUAUCUUGGCAGAAUUUAUAGCUACCAAGUCACUUUGGGUUUUUAGCUGUUCAAGUCAAAUGUGAAGAGAAUCUUGAGUAUUGGUGAAUGUCGAUACUUAGUUUACUUCCGCUUCAUCUGGGAGCUGGCAACAUUCUUGUAGUUAUGUACACACAGUUUAAGUAACAAGAUGCAUUUUUCAAGGAAUGAAUGGGCAGGCACAUUUUCCCAGGACAUCAGCUUCAUGUAGUAAUCCACCCCAUAUAUUGUUAGCCCCACACCCAAGCCCCAACCUGAAGGACUAGGUGCUGGUUGCCUUUCCUGGUAACCAGGCCAGCAUGGUUAUAACUGCGAGGAGCUGAAACCCUCACCAAUAUACCCUACAGCGUAAUCGAGGCACCCUGAAAAGUUGUGUAGAAAACCUGCCUAAUUUUAUUUUAUAACUUUUAACAGAUGCUUCUUUCUCAUAGAAACUAGUAAUAACCAAAUGUUACAGAGUGGGGGCGACAAUGAUCUAAGGUCAAACGUUUUUGCUCCAAUGCAGUGAGUGUUUUAAGUAGGUUUCUCGUGACAGAUGGUCAAAACACGUGUGAUCAGAUUACGAGGGGUAAAUGGUCGAAACACACGUGAUCAAACUGUGUUCUGUGUAUUCCACUCAUUCUUAGUGGAAGUCCAAACAAAUGCUGGCUACAUACAUGUGAUGCAUGGGUAAUAACCACCUGGAGAUUAGGAUUGUCACGGGCAAUUAAAAUCACAACAGCGUUGAUUAAGUAUUUGUACAUUUUUAUCUGUCUGCAGCCUUGUCGGUUUGGACUUAGCUGCACCAGACCAAACUGUUUGUUUACUCAUCCAGCAAAACCGUCCUCACUAAAGUGGGUUUCUCCUGCUCUACACGUCAGGUAGCGUAUCCGAUACCUUUUGAUCUGUUGCUUAAAUGUUCAUUUGAAACAUUAUGUCUACCUUUAAAUAGAAUUAUUUUUAUGUCCCCACCACAACCAUCAGUGACUACACAUACACACGCAUGCACUUGUAAGAAGUUGAGACUCCUUGGCCUUCAGAAUUUCUAAUGAUAUUUUUGGGGAAAUAUAUCUGUCUGAUUUCGUUAAAUCAUGGCCAUUAGGGUUUCGCCUGGCACUGGGCACAGCCCGGCUCCAGGCCAGUCCGGUGUCCAAAAAAGGAGGGGGAUUGCUGUCUUGGUCGGUACAGCUGGAUAGCCCAGGGAUUGCCCUAACAGUGGGUGGGUGGAUCAGGCCUGGGGGUCAAAACUAGUGGGGUAGGGAGGGGGCUGUUUUGACACAACCCCUUCAGUGUUCAGUACAGGCUUUGACUGGCAGGUACCUUGUUCGUAAUUUGCCUUAGCCAGCUGAGUCAGACCUCUGCUGAGAAUGAUUAUCAUGAUAAUUGCAGAGCUCAGUGGGAGGCACAGACAGUCACCCAUUGUCCUGGGUGGGGAGGGUCAAAGUUUAUCCUUUUAAAAUACAGGUGGUAAGAAUUUUACCCAAAGACUUAAUGAUAAAAUACAAAAUUAAGAUUAAAGCUCUUCCUCUUUAAAGUUCCUUUCCACAAAAGCCAAACAAAUUAUUAUUAUUAUUAUUGCAGUGAAAGAAGAUUUGCUUUAGCUGAACAGCAAGUGACAUCAAUGCCCGUUUCAUAGCACAUAUUGAAUUCAACUCUGUCGGGAUAAUAUGUUUUACAAAUAUGAUCUUAGCCAGGCCUUUGUUAAUGUUUUGUUUGUAAAGUUAUGACCUUGUGUAAAAAUUCUGAGGUGCAAGUUUCUGUCAGUGUUAUAAAUUCUAUGGUAGUCAGUUUUGUUCUUGUAACACUAGUAAGAGGACUUGGUUUAUUUUUACAAUUAAUACCACAGCAUCAAAAAACAUACCUAACUGUAUAUUCUUUUUCUUGAAUACUUUAGCAAAAUAAUAUUCUUAUUCUAUCUAGCUCGUACAUUGUAAUGAAAGUAUCCAGAAAUGGAACUAAUAGACAGAGUAUAAGUUGUAGAAAAAAAAAAGAUUUUUUAACUGCCAUGCCUUCACAAUUUCCACUCCAUCUCAAAAACUGUUUUUUAUGAAGGGAAAGAAAUUUCUGAAAAACUUACAUGCCUGCUCAUUAGUCAUUGUUAUAACUGUUUGCCAUUUUUUGUUGCAUCACCCAUACAAUUACCGACGUCUCCUAACAGGAUUUUUUUGGAUCAAACGACCACAUGAUGAUGUAAUAUAUCAAGCAUGAGAUGCAGUGUUUCGUCAUCAGAUGAAACACAGAGAAGAGAAUUGAAAAUAUGACACACAGCAGAGUAUUUUUGGCGAACUUCAAGGUGUUUCAUGUAGUGAUGAAACACUGUUGAAUGCUUGAUAUUACUUCUCAAUCAAACUGAUUUUAGAAGGAGAAAUUAAGUAUGCAAAAAAUGAGCAGAUUUUCAUCUGAUUGCAUUAAUUUUCUUUGUAUUUUUUUAAUUAAAUUAUUAUUUAAAGACUUUGAGACGCUCUUAAGAUGCUAGAAUGUCAUAUGUAAGGGUGGCCACUUGUCACAGAGUACCAAGAGAAACAAUACACAGCAUAGAAUUUCAGAACUAUUACUCCUAUUAAUUCAUCGAUUUUAGUGGAGUCAGACUCAAGGAAAACUUGCUCUGCUCAUGCUUUUGGUUAAAUUCCUACACUUUUUACCAAUGGACUUUUAGAAAGUCAAUGAUUUCAUGUACAGGAAAAAUGUUACAAAAUUUAAUUUAAAAACCUGUGAAAAUUAUGUUUAGGAAGUAGCUUGAGAGUACUAAAAUUUCUUUUUAUACU